AAGUUAAAUGUCAAAAUUGUCAAAAAUGUGCGACCUCGUGUGUUUGUGAUUAGACGAUUUUACAAAUAUAAUAGUUUUAAUAAUAUAUUUUACUGUAAAUUAAUAUUGAAUAGGUGUAAUACAGUAAAACAACAAUAUGGCGAACGUCAAAAUGCAAAAUAUGAUUGAUAAAUUCAGUACUCUCACUGAAAAACCAGUGAAAUAUUUAACGGUGCAAGACGAUAUUAAAAAGGACAUUAAAAACUUGGUUAAAUCGCUUUACGACUUCACUAAAUCCCAGGAGCAGGAAAAUAAAACAAAACAGAAUCAAGCCUUAAAAAAAAUCAUCGUAAACGACUUCGAUGAAGAACAAAUAUGGCAACAAAUAGAAAUUCAAAAUAGCCAAUGUUGGGAUCAACUUGUAUGGGACGUUGCCAAUAGUAUGUCUAGCAAAAAGGAUUUAACGUUUCCAAUUCAGUUUCCCGAAGACAAUGCCCAAGCUGAUGAAGCAGGUAGUGAGAAUUUAUCAGACAAUGAAAAUGAGCAAUUAGAACAACACACUGUGAAAAAAAGCAAGGUUAAAUCUAAAAACAAAGUAAAUAAACAACAGUUAAACACUAGAACAUCUGUAGUGGAUGACCAGUUUUUCAAGUUACAAGAUAUGGAAAAGUUUUUAGUGAAUGAAGAGAAAAUUGACAUAAAAGGAAAGAAGAGUAAUGAUGAUGAUGAUGAAGGAUCCGUUGAUAUGUUUGAUGAUAUAGAAAGUGAAGCCUCUGACAAUGAAGGUGGCAAGGAAAUGAUGUAUUCAGAUUUUUUUAAUGAUGAAAAUGGUGAUGAAAAUGCUGAGAGCUGUGAGGAAGAAUCAGAUGAAGGUGCAGAUGAUAUGGUUAGUAAAAAAAAGGUAAGAUUUGCUGAACCAAAUUCAGAUGAAAGUGAAUUAGAUGAUGAAAACACAAAAACUGAUGAACAUAAGAAACCCAGGUUUGGUCAGCCAGAUGCCAUAAAUGAAGAGAAACAUGUAGAGGAAAAAAAAUCCGAAUUUGAGUUGAGACAACAAAGAUUGAAGGAACGUAUAUCGAAAUUAGAGGAGAAAACAUUAACAGAAGCACCAUGGCAGUUAAAGGGAGAAAUAGAUGCCAUGAAGCGUCCUCAAAAUUCUUUGCUCGAAGAAGUACUUGAUUUCGAUCUUACAACUCGUCCACCUCCAACAAUUACAGAACAAACUACUGUAACUUUAGAAGGACUUAUUAAACAGAGAGUAAAAGAUAAAGCAUGGGAUGAUGUAAUUAGAAAAGAAAAACCAGUUGAUGAUCAAUUAGUAUUCAAAAAGCCUGAAGUUCUUGAUCAAUCUAAGAGCAAAUUGAGCUUGGCCCAAGUUUAUGAGACAGAAUACCUUAAACAAAAACAAGCGCUAUCUGGUGAAGUUGAAGAUGAAAAAGAGCCUGAAAGUCAUACCGAAGUUCGUACUGCUAUGAAUAAAUUGUUUUCAAAGCUUGAUGCAUUGUGUCACUAUCAUUAUACACCAAAAGCUCCUCAAGCUGAAGUUAAAAUUGUCAGCAAUACACCUGCUAUUUCAAUGGAAGAGGUAGCUCCUAUUGCUGCAAGUGAAGCUGCACUAUUAGCUCCGGAAGAAGUUAAAAAGAAACGUAAAGGAGAUCUAAUGAGCAAAGAAGAACGAACACAAACAGAUAAAAACAGAGAAAGGAGGAAAAAGAAGAAACAGCAACGGAAGAAGGGUCAAGUAAUGAAAGUAACUGAACACAGAAAUACUAAGAAGGGUGUUGAGGCAAGCGAAAAAUCAUUAAAGACGUCUAAAGCCUUCUUCCAACAGCUUAAUGAUGAAGCAACUAGUUUAAUUAAAUCUAAAACUAAGAAAAGUGUUAAAAAAUAAAGCAUAAUCAUUUU